CCUCACGCAGACUCCUCCUUCUUCGGCCCCAACGCCUCCAAAGACGAGGUCUACACGCAGGUCCUCGAACAGGCCCGCGGCCUGGUCUACGACCAGCGCAACUGGGAAGAUGCUAAAAGAAACAGCAACUUCUCCAACGUCGCCUCCCUCCUCUGGCACGCCUACGCCGCCCUCCCCGCCCCUUCGUCGUCGGUCAACUGGGCCGGCUUCUACAUCCGCAGCGACAAGUUCCCGGCCUUGUCCAAGGAUACCACCGCCGCCGCCGCCGGUGCGACCACCGUGCAACCCAAACUCCUCCUCGGCCCCUUCCAGGGCCGCCCCGCGUGCCAGGAGAUCCGCUUCGGGAAGGGGGUCUGCGGCACCGCCGCGCAGGACCGCGCCACCGUCGUCGUGCCGGACGUGCUGGAGUUCCCGGGCCAUAUCGCCUGCGACGCGAGCAGUCGGAGUGAGAUUGUCGUGCCGAUUCUUGUGGGUGGGGAGACGGUCGCGAUUAUUGAUGUCGAUUGCACGGAGCCUUCGGGUUUUGAUGAGACAGACAAGAAAUAUCUGGAGGAGUUGGCGGGGUUGUUGGCUGAGUGCUGUGAUUGGUGA